AUGCCCGCUCCAAUUGAUAUUACCUCCCGGCCUCGCCCGCACCAGCCCAAAUCAAAUCUUACUAGUCAGCUUCGGGCUGCUGGGGAAGCUUAUGCAGGCUACACAAUGGAGCCUGUCGGGGCUCGAAGCGGGAGUAUUUCACAAAACAAUGCAAUCGCUAUGUCUAGUAAAUUGCGACGGGAAAGUAUGGUAAAUGGCGAUAUGGCACGAAGUUUAAUGGGUGGCGGAAUGAGCUGGGGAGGCGUUAGUGUUGGGAGUUGGAUACGCGAUGAUAUUAUCAUGGCUGGAACAUCACCCUUUACAUUUGGAUCUCCAUCAUUCCACUCUUCGUCAUACCUUCCAAAGCUCGAGGCCGAUUUCUGCCGGGAUUUCUCUUGCUGCGGCCUUCCGCUCCCAUCUCUCCAUGACCUUCUCAGGCAUUACGAGGAGCACCACGCCCAACAAUCUGGAACGGUAUGUCGCGAUGAUAAUGGACCCACAGGCAGUGACUUACCUCAACAGCAGCAACAGCAGCACCCGAGACCACAACAGCAGAAUGCUGCCGGAAUGACUAGCCCUAUCAGUGGAAUGGGUGGGAUUCAAUUAGGAUUGAUGCAACGGCUACAGCAGCGCCAACAGGAGGAACAUGAUGCGAAAGAAGAAGACGAGGAGCAAGAUGGUGAAGUUGCCGGUGAUAUGGAAAUGGAUGAUGAUGAUAUGACUCCUCCACCUGCCCCACUCACCCCCCAAAACCACAAUCAGCACAUUUCGUACCCCCCGACUCCUACCACCCACAGCCAGCCGUCCUACCAGAGCACUCCAAAUCUCGUGCAUGCCCAGCCUUCAGGCCUUGGGCAGAAGCCAUCACAUUUCUCGCCGGAGUCUUCUGUACCCGGUACCCCGCAUGCCAUGGAUCAGCACGAAUAUGGCUUUCCACAAAAUAAUACGGUCCAGGGAAACCAGCAGAAUCUCCACAUUCCCACUACGGACUACUACGAGCUUGCCACCGGCAACAUUGAAUUAUGCAUCAAUGAGCCAGCCAAGACUCUUUUCAGCCCCGGGGGGGUCGCAAUGGGUGGUUACACCUCACAGUAUCAACACAUGAUUAGUGCUGCGAAUGGCAACAUCCUACCUCAAGAAGAUAAGCCUUUCAAGUGCCCCGUAAUUGGAUGCGAAAAGGCAUACAAGAACCAGAACGGGUUGAAGUACCACAAAGCGCACGGACAUGCUAACCAGCAGCUCCAUGACAACGCUGAUGGAACUUUCUCGAUUCUUAACCCAGAAACUUCCACCCCCUAUCCAGGCACUGUGGGCAUGGAGAAGCAAAAGCCGUACAGAUGCGAAUACUGCGGAAAGCGCUACAAGAACUUGAACGGCUUGAAGUACCACAGAUCCCACACUACCCAUGGGGGAUUGACGCAAACCAGUAUUCAGCCAGUCGUGGCUGUUGCCGGAGUGAUCAAUCCAGACGACCCCAUGAACCUGGGCAUGGUAUGA